AGUUAUAUUUAUUUAUGUAUGUAAUCACUAUAAGUGAAAUUACAUAUUACUGUAAGACGUUGGAGAAGAUUUGUAAAAAUAUAACAUGGAAUUGCAGCAAUCACCUGAGGUCGAUGAUUUAGAAGAAAGGGUCAAACUUAGGCGAGAGGCAAGAAGGAAAAAGAUUCUUGAGAAUGCCAAAAGUCGGUUAGAAAAAUUAAGCAUGAGACAAGGUGGAGAUGGCGACAGUGAUUUGGUGCACCAACGUUCUAACCAUCAGAUACAAGAAACUAUUGAGUAUUCUGAUCCAGAAGUUGAACCUGAUAUUCCAGAAAAUUUACAAAUGCCGUUUCAACAUUUUCAACAAUUUGAAAACACAUUCAAAGGAUUUGAAAGCAGUUUAAACCAAGAAGAUGUGCAAGAAAAAGAAAAACCGUUCUUAAAAUAUAAAUUGCAUGUUGUGUUAGCUGUGACAAUUGCAUAUAUUACAUCUUUAAUACUAAAUGAAAGUGAAGGAAAAACGUUUUUUGUGAUAAUACCAGUUGCCUUGGUUAUUAUAUCUGAUCUUACAAUAUUUCGACAACAAAAGCAGCGUAAUCCAAUGAUUAAUAUGCUAGUGAUCUUUGGACUACGAUCCCAAGAAAUUGUACAUGCAUUAGAUGUUGUCUCAAAACUACAAAACAUUAUGGCAGAUUUGUCAAUUUUCAUUUUUUACUUUUGCUUAGCUACUUGUUUUGGUAAUCAAUUUGUCCACCUAGCUGAUAUAAAAUAAAUUAAAAAAUAAAUAUAAUAA